AUGUCGGCGGAGACGGAGCGGAGCUCCACGGAGUCGUCCGCGGCGUCCGGGCUCGACUUCGAGGACACCGCGCUCACGCUCACCCUGCGCCUGCCCGGCGACCCCGACCGCAAGCGCGGCGCCUCCUCCUCCUCCUGCUGCUCCCUCGCCGACCGCUCCUCCCUCCUCGCCGAGGCUCCGCCGGCCCCCAAGGCGCGGGUGGUGGGCUGGCCGCCGGUGAGGUCGUUCCGCAAGAACGCGCUCGAGAACGUCGCCGCCGGGUCCACCAGGGCGGCCUGCGCGCCGGCCAAGUUCGUCAAGGUGGCCGUCGACGGCGCGCCCUACCUGCGCAAGGUGAACCUGCGGGACUAUGCCGGCUACGACCAGCUCCUCCGCGCGCUCCAGGGCAAGUUCUGCUCCCACUUCACCAUCAGGAAGUUCGCGAAUGACGAGAUGAAGCUGGUGGACGCGGUGAACGGGACGGAGUACGUGCCCACCUACGAGGACAAGGACGGCGACUGGAUGCUCGUCGGCGACGUCCCCUGGAAGAUGUUUGAGGAAGCCUGCCAACGCGUCCGCCUGAUGAAGAACUCCGAGGCCGUGAACAUAGCACCCAGAGCUGCCCGGUGA